GGAGCCGCAGCCAUGGCAGCCGGGGAUCUGGUGAAGGAGUUCUGCGAGGAAACGACGUGUUCUGUCUGCCUGGAGUACUUCCGAGACCCGGUGAUGGUGGUCGACUGCGGCCACAACUUCUGCCGCGCCUGCAUCACGCAGUACUGGGGGGAUGCCGAGAGACCCCCCUCCUGCCCUCAGUGCAGGGAGACUUUCCCGCAGAGGAACCUCCGGCCCAACCGGCAGCUGGCCAACUUCGUCGAGCUCGUCAAGAAACUGGAGGCGGGCAAGAGGGCCAAGCAGAAGAGCGACGCCUGCGAGACUCACGAGGAGCCCCUGAAGCUUUUCUGCAAGGACGACGGGGCCCCCAUCUGCGUGGUGUGCGACAGAGCCAAGGAGCACCGCGGCCACGACGUCGUUCCCGUGGAAGAGGCUUUCCAAGAAUACCAGGAAAGAUUCAAGGCCCAGUGGAAAUCUCUGGAGAAAGAGAGAGACCACCUUGUGGAAUGGAAACUUGUCAAUGAGCAGCGAAGCCUUAAAUGUCUGGCAAAAUUAGGUGUGGAGAAGCAGAAAAUCAAGUCUAUAUUCCGCCAAAUGCAAACCUUUCUUGAAGAAAAGGAACAAUGCCGACUGGCACAGCUUGAAGAGCUAGAAAACGAAACGAAGAAAUGGCAGGAAGAAAACGUCAUCCGACUCUCUGAGGACAUUUCCGGUCUCAAUCACCUGAUCAGUGAAAUGGAGGAGAAGUGCCAGCUCCCUGCAAGUGAAUUUCUUCAGGACAUCAGAAGUACCUUGAGCAGGUAUGAGAAGAAACAAGAGAGGAAUGCAGUGGAAUUCUCCCCUGGGCUGGAAGAGAGACUCAGAAUUUGCUGUCAGAAAAAUUCCGCUCUAGAAGAUGUUAUCGAAGUCUAUAAAGUGUUUCUGGAGGAAGCAAUGGACAAAGUGAACGUGACUCUGGAUCCAGACACUGCCCAUCCUGAACUCCUUCUGUCUGAGGAACUGAAGAGUGUGAAUCUGGGAGACAGAAAGCAGGACCUUCCUGACAACCCUGAAAGAUUCAAUAUUAUUCCUUGUGUCUUGGGUUGUGAGAGGUUUACUUCAGGAAGACACUGGUGGGAGGUGGAAGUAAAGAUGGAGGUGGAAGUAGCAGGAAAAACAGGGUGGACCUUGUGGGAUGUGGGAGUUGCUAGAGAGUCAGUCAGGAGGAAGGGGCUUUUCAGAUAUAGGCCUGAUGAAGGGGUCUGGGCUGUGGGAAAGCCGUUCAAUAAUCGAUUCUCACCCUGUCAACUCUUGGCUUUUACUUCCUCUUCAAUUACCCCUUUGACCCUGAAACGCGACCCCAGGAAGAUCCGGGUGUCCCUCCACUAUGAAGAAGGCCGUGUGGAGUUUUUUGAUGCUGACACAGAUGACGUCAUCUUCUCUUUCCCUUCUGCCUCAUUCUCUGGGGAGAAGAUCCGUCCCUUUUUCUGGGUGGGGUGGUUUGGAGUCACUUUAAAUUGCUCCGUCUAGAAGCCAACCCCCCCAUCCUUCUGCUACUUUGAAAGGGGGUGCUAGUAUUUAACAGCUGUAUGGAAACCCAUGCAGGAAACUACAGUCUUAGUGGCUUUCGUACAGCACUUGUUCCUGACUGCAGGUCUCCCAUCCUAUAGAGGAGGCAAGACCCAAACAGCAUCUCUAUGGGCCCUGUAGAAACUUAUAAGAUGAGCUCCCCCCCCUUGCUAUUUUAUUUCAUACAUACAACUCUGAAUCAUUAAAAUUUUUUAUUAUAUUUUGAAAUGU